ACUGGUGGCUGCAGCCACCUACCAGUUCUUCCUGCUACCUUGUGCCGUUAUCUGGCAUGGGCCUUUUUCCACCCAGGUAGUCAGGGGCUCCUGGGAGGCCAGGGAAGCCUCUCCCUCCUGCUCCCUGUCUCAGCUUCUCCCAGAACUCCCAGGGCACACUGGGACCCUUGCUGAUGAAGAAGCUGCAAGCAUCCAUGGCGGGCCUGGAGGUUCUCUUCGCGUCGGCCGCUCCGUCCAUGAGCUGCCCGCAGGACGCACUCGUCUGCUUCCUGCACUGGGAAGUGGUGACAAACGGCUACUAUGCCUUGGGCACCGGCGACCAGCCAGGUCCCAAUGAUAAGAAGUCAGAACUACUGCCAGCUAAGUGGAACAGCAAUAAAGAACUGUAUGCCCUUCGGUAUGAGUCUAAGGAUGGAGCCAGAAAACUCCUUCUGAAAGCUGUCUCUGUGGAGAAUGGCAUAAUCAUCAACGUGCUGGAACUUGGCACACAGCAGGUGGCAGACUUGACUCUGAACUUAGAUGAUUAUAUUGAUGCAGAAGACCUGAGUGAUUUCCACAGGACCUAUAAGAACAGUGAGGAGCUUCGGUCUCAGAUCAGAUCUGGAAUUAUCACACCUAUCCAUGAGCAGUGGGAGAAGGCUCGUGCAAACAGUCCUCCGAGGGAGUUCCCACCUGCCACUGCCAGAGAGGUGGACCCACUCCGGAUUUCCUCACACCGUCCUCAUACUAGCCGGCAGCCUGCUUGGCGUGAUCCCCUGAGCCCAUUUGCUGUCGGGGGAGAUGACCUAGACCCUUUUGGGUGUCAGAGAGGUGGCAUGAUUGUGGAUCCCCUGAGAUCCGGCUUCCCAAGAGCACUUAUUGACCCAUCCUCAGGCCUCCCAAACCGGCUUCCUCCUGGUGCUGUGCCCCCAGGAGCUCGCUUUGACCCCUUUGGACCCAUUGGGACCAGCCCAUCUGGACCUAAUCCUGACCAUCUUCCCCCACCGGGCUACGAUGACAUGUACCUGUGAAGGCCUCAAGAAUGUAACAUCUCAGCAUCCCUUUUACUCUCCAGGAGCUGCCACCACUGGCCCCAUCAGCGUCAGUAUUCUUAUGGGCUUGGGGCAGAGGAUUCUGCCCAUGUGUUUGCAGGCCUGCUGGGGUUGCAUCCCCAGCCCUUAUCAGAGCCGAGGUGCCUGCUGCAGCACCCCACCAAGCUGCAUAUAGGUCCCAAGGAGAAAUUAGUGUGUCUCAAUCACCAGCUCCUCCCCACUUGCAAGGAAGACUCCGGCAACAUCAACCCUCCACCCGAUGCAGUCGCGGUCACAGCGCUAUAAGAACAGAACGCAUUUUGGAUGUUAUUAUUAAGAACCAAAUGUCAAUACAGAAUUCAUGUUGCCAGUCUUCCACUCUCCUUUUUGUUAAUGCACAAACUCCUAAGAGUGUGAUACUUGAUAGGACUACAGGAUUCCUACGAGGGCAUUCUUCUCAAGCACCCUCGCUUCACAAGUUACUCUUGCUCCUGGCAUCACUAAGAUGAGCCCCACCCAGGCUUUCUGGGUGGAAGUGUGAUUGGAAUCCAUGAGCCACAAGGAUGAUUUCACCAAAGCAGGCACAGUAGAAAAACGGCCAUCUCCUCCCAAGGGCAUACUCAACCAGUUGCUCCUGUCUGAGCUGCCUGUUGACUCUCCCGGGCUGCAGGGGCCUGUAAGUAGAGGAAUAAACAGAACAGACCUGUAGGCUAGUUUCAUAGUGACCCUAAAGAAGUCCUUUCUCUUAGGAGCCUAGUAACUACCUGUGAAAUCAGAGGUGCCUUCACUGGAGCUCUGUAAUGAGCUAUGUGGAUGGGAAUAGCCCUAGGUACUAGAGAAGAGAAAAGGCACACCAUGUCUAUUUAACUGCUCUUCAUGUCCUCCUGGGACUGACAAGAGCAUAGGAACAUGGGUCCAGCCAGGAGGAAGGGGAGCCUCUGUCUUUGGAAGCCUGUGUCCAAGCUCUCCCAAUCUGUAGAAUUAUCUAGGUAUUUGAAGCCCCAGCUGACAGGCACUGGCAGUGCUCUACCCCUGUGCCAUAAAGCUGGAAGAGCACAGCGUACUGUUCCAGGAGACACCAAAUCAAGUACCAAGCACUUCGUUCCACGGCCAGCAGCCCAACCAUGUGUGGCUCCAGGAUAGAUGAGGAGAUAGACUGGACUGACAGGACCAGGACCAGUCUCAGGGAGGCUGGGCUUGGGGCUCAAGCCAGCAUGAGCAGGUUCCCUAGCUGUUGAAGGAUCCCAUGGAUCAGGCACUGACCACCUUGAAGGUGUAGACCAUUCUGUGCUCUGAGGCCACAGACCAUGCAGAGACAAGGACAAGUUCAUUGUACAUCAACUUCAUCCUUGAGGGCUAGCAGAUGGAUGUUUGGGUUCUGUUGGUAACUGGGUACCUGCAAAAGAGCUUAGGACACUUUGCUCAUUAAAGCAUUCCUUUUUUAUGCAAGGAAGCAUUAAAGGAACAGUGGCUAGAAUUCUCCAGAUAGGUUUGGGAAGGUAGAUAACUUGGACCCUGAUUUAAAGGAAAAGGUAAAAGUUGAAACAUUCUUCCAUUGGGCUUUUUGGUAGCAAAGAUAAAAAAAUAUAAUCAUACAUUAGUUCUGUUUUCUACAGACAAAAUGCAGUGUUUCUGGAGAAAGGACUGGUUUGGUUUGGUUUGGUUCCUAUAAGUCUUAUAUAGUAUCUCUGAGAAACCCAGUAUCAUAGAUGUGGGAAGCCUUGAAUGGUGCCUCCGGGAACUUGUGGUCAAGCUGCUGGAACUUGUUUCAGUCUCUGUCACUUAACCUCCCAGCUGUGUACGGCCAACAGCAAGAGGGAAUGUUUCAGGUGUAUGUCCCAUAGAACCUCCAGAUUGGAGCCUUUGCAGUAAAUAAAUAGCACUUUAUAACCUGUUUUUUUUUAUAGCUUUAUUAAGAGAAUUUACAUAACCAUGAAAUUCACUCUUUUAAAGUACACAACUCAGUGGGUUGUGAGAUAUUCACAGUGCUGUGCAUCCAACCCCAGAUUCCUCCGAAAGAAAUAUCUUCACUGGCAAUCACUCCCAUUUUCCCUCCCCUGGGCAGGCAACCCUCCAGUCUGUUUGCCUAUUUUGGAUAGUUUUCAUAAAUGACCUCAGUGUGUGGUCUGUGUGUCCAGCGUUUUCCACUUUCUGUCCUCACUGUUCAUGUGAUUGUAGCAUCGACAUUCCCUGUGGCUGUACAAUCAUAGCAUGGCUUUGUCAUGUUUGUUAAUUUAUCAGUUCAUGGAUGCUUGGAUUGUU